CAGUACCACAUUAAUCAUAUUCGGAUUUCUGUGUAUAACUCCUACACAAAUGGAAUUAUUGAGCAGAAACACUUGGACAUACAGGAAGCAAUUGUAAAGACAGUAGGAGACAAUAUUGGACAUUGGUAUAAGUACACACAUUCUGUGUUCUGGGCAGAGCAGAUUACAAUUCAGAAAGCAACUGGAUAUUCUCCUUAUUACCUUGUUCAUAGAGUAGAGCCAAUAUUACUGUUUGACCUGAAUGAGGCAAUGUAUUUGGUUCCACCCAAAGGAUCACCACUAACAACAGAGGAACUGAUAGUGAUACAAGUGCAACAAUUGCAGAAGAGACUAGACAACCUUACACAAAUGAUAGAAGGUGUACAGAAAGCCUGCAAAAGAUACACAAAGCAUUUCACAGAAGUCAAUUGUAAUUGGAUCAAGGACUACAACUUUGCUCCAGGUGUACUAGUGCUAAUCUGCAAUUCGAAAGUGAGCAACAACUUAGGACAAAAGAUGAAACCAUGA